GCGGGUCCCCGGAGUUUGCCGGAGGAGACGCGAGUGGGCGCGCGGCCGGGCUGGGAACGGUCCUCCGCGCGCGCUGCGGCGGCUCCGCGAGUACCAGUCUCUGGACCAUCGCCUCGGCGGGGUCCUGAAACCCAGUACCAAGGGUGAGCGUCUCCGAGGGGCUGGCACCGGACAGCCCCGCGCACCGCACGUCUCAGCCGCUUCCCCCGGUGGGAGAGUUUUACCCAGGCCUGCAGCCGCCCGUUUUGUCCCCAGUAGGAAUAAUUCUGUUAGGAAGCGGUUCUCGAGACUCAGCAUCUCGCCAGAAGCCUGAGAGUCAAGCUAAUCGAGAUUAACAUAAAAACCAUCACUAUUUCAUGGUGUGUGAAGAUAACCCAGAACAUUGAAGACGUUUCUAAGGAGAUAUUCAGAGGAUGCUCUAGGGAAGAUCUGAGUACUGAAGAAAGGGAGAAUCAUGGACCAGAACAACAGCCUUCCACCUUAUGCUCAGGGCUUGGCCUCCCCACAGGGCGCCAUGACUCCUGGAAUUCCCAUCUUCAGUCCAAUGAUGCCUUACGGCACAGGACUUACUCCACAGCCUAUUCAGAACACCAACAGUCUCUCUAUUUUGGAAGAGCAACAAAGACAGCAGCAGCAGCAGCAACAGCAGCAGCAGCAGCAACAACAGCAGGCAGUAGCAACUGCAGCAGCCUCCGUACAGCAAUCAACAUCUCAGCAACCCACACAGGGCGCCUCAGGCCAGACCCCACAACUCUUCCAUUCUCAAACUCUGACCACUGCACCGUUGCCAGGCACCACCCCCUUGUACCCUUCACCAAUGACUCCUAUGACCCCUAUCACUCCUGCCACACCAGCUUCUGAGAGCUCUGGGAUUGUACCGCAGCUUCAAAAUAUUGUAUCCACCGUGAAUCUUGGCUGUAAACUUGACCUAAAGACCAUUGCACUUCGUGCAAGAAAUGCUGAAUAUAAUCCCAAGCGAUUUGCUGCAGUCAUCAUGAGAAUAAGAGAGCCACGGACAACUGCGUUGAUUUUCAGUUCUGGAAAAAUGGUGUGCACGGGAGCCAAGAGUGAAGAACAAUCCAGACUAGCAGCAAGAAAAUAUGCUAGAGUUGUGCAGAAGUUGGGCUUCCCAGCUAAGUUCUUAGACUUCAAGAUCCAGAACAUGGUGGGGAGCUGUGAUGUGAAGUUCCCCAUAAGGCUGGAAGGCCUUGUGUUGACCCACCAGCAGUUCAGUAGCUAUGAGCCAGAAUUAUUUCCUGGAUUAAUCUACAGGAUGAUCAAACCCAGAAUUGUUCUCCUUAUUUUUGUUUCUGGAAAAGUUGUAUUAACAGGUGCUAAAGUUAGAGCAGAGAUUUAUGAAGCAUUUGAAAACAUCUACCCCAUCUUAAAGGGAUUCAGGAAGACCACAUAGUUUCUGCCAUGUUCUCCUGCCUUCCCUAUCCACGUGUUUUUUAAAACCAGUCAGUUUUGGUACCACUGAUGGUACAGUUGGUAAGGACACUCAGUUACAGGUGGCAGCAUGAAGUGACACUGUGUGUCCUACUGCAGGAUACUGGAAAGGUUCCCUCCUCUGCACUGAAAUCACCCUGCAGCACUACUGUGAGUUGCUUGCUCUGUGCUGCUACUUGGGCGGCACUGCCCAUUUAUUUAUAUUUAGAUUUUAAGCACUGCUGUUGGUGAUUGUUGGUUUAAGGGACAGAACUUUAAGUGUUCAAGCCACCUGUACAAUUGGACUUUUCAUUUUAAUCUUUCCCACACAAGCCAGUUUUUAUAUUUCUACCAGAAAAGUAAAAAUCUUUUUUAAAAGUGUUGUUUUUCUAGUUUGUAACUCUUAGGAGUUAUUUUUGUGCCAGAUACAUUCCGCCUUCCCAGUAUUGCAGGACUGAAUAGUUGUAUUAAUCAAAACAAUGGCUGUACAUACUUUUCUUUCUUCAGAGUACUCUGCACAAAAAUGCAGCUUGUAAAUUGUUAGAUUUUUGUUAUAAAUGAUACCUUGUAAGUCAUGUGAUCAUACUGUCAAAGAAAUUUAUUUUAGAUAUAAUGCCUGAGACCAUUGUUUUGUUUGCUUGUCUGUUUGAUUUUUGGUUAACAUUUAUAACUGUCGCAGUAAGAAUGGACACGCCACUGAUUUUAUGAUUCCCAUUGAACACCCUCUUGUCUCCUAGAUUGUCCACCGUGUCUGGGAUUUUUAACAACUUAGUUGUUUUGUUCCUUUUUCAGCCUUUGCCAAAGCCUUGUCCAAGGUUCCAUAGCUAGUAAGAGACAGAGGGUAAGUUAGUAAUUCAAGUAUACAAGUUGAUGCCCUAUCCACAGAUAGCUAAUUCUCUGGCAUUAUAUUUUUGUCAUGGCGGUUUUCUCUUGAAAUAUCAGGUGGACACUUCUAAAGCCUUGCGUUGUUUUGGAGGGCAUUCUGUCCUUUUAAAUUCUAAAAGUACAUUUUGCACAGUUGCAAGGAUGUGUAAUCAGAAGGAAGUCUUUUUCUCCCCAGCCUUCCCUGUCUUCCCGGGUAGCUUCCAGAUUAGUGAAUGGGUGUCUCCAUCUUCUGCUAAUUAUGCCUGGCUCUCCAGUGUGCCUGACGGUGGCAGCAGGCCUUUAGGGUUACUAGAGUCCUGUGUGAGAUAACAAGACUGAGAAGAGUGCCACUGAAUGCCAGCAGCUGGGAGGAUAAGGUUUAGUCCUUAGUACUUGCCAACUAUCCUGUCACUCAGGACAAAGUGUGGGAAGGAACCGUGGACUGGGUGAGUGGGGGGUGGGUUUUUUGCCUUGCUGACUUGUGAAGUGUGGUGAGGUGGUGGACUAGGAUGUAAAGUUACCAGCUGUUUUGCUUCUCUAAUUUUUAACGUGCAAAUCUGUCCUUUGGGGCUGCUUUACAUCUCAUUUUUUGGAAAAAUACCGAAACAUACGUUUUCUUGUGACUUUUGCAGUCAGUGUAUCAGCUAUACUUCCAAGAUGCAAUGUAAUGUCCUCUUAGAUACCUUGAUUUGAACAGCUCCCCUAGUGGUGGCAGUGCACAGUGCUGUAGUGUUGGGCCAGGUAUUCCUGUAUGUGUUUUGAAUACGUACAUAGAUUCCUAUAGUAUACUUUUACAAGAGGAAUUUCUGUAUUAUAGACAGUUUGUGUGACUUAAAUUUUGACAAAUCAAUACUAGAUUUCAACAACCCUCCCAAAAGUGUACAAAGUACCCUUUUUUUUUUUUUUUAAGAUUUAUUUAUUUUAUGUGAGUACACUGUUACUCU